UGAUAAAAAUUUGGUAUCUAACAAAAGCAGGCCAAACCUUUUUCUUUCGCUUGAAUUUUUAAGCGUUUCGUUGAUACAGUCGAAGCCAUCUGGCGUUGAAGAGAUCGAAGGAAGCCAAAAUUUCCGUUCCCUAAAUAUAAAUUUCUUUCAGACUCCAUUAAAAGAUCAGAUCCCAAUAUCCAAUCCCUCGCCUUUGAAUCGAUCUGUAACCAUUUUUCUCAAAAAGAACACGAUCGAUCGCUAAUCUUCGUUCUUCGUAUAUUCGUCGAUCUUAUUAUUUUCAAUGCCUUCUUUCAUAUAUCAUACCCUUCUUUUCCUCUUUCUAUUGCUAUUCUUCGAGACCUCUGCUGCGGCCGUUGGUCUUCAGAGGUCAUUAUUUCGGUCCCUCGGCGAGGGUACUGGUCUGCCGGAUUACGCCGUCGAUCUGAACAGCUCCACCUUUGACAGCAUCCUCAAGGAAUCACCCGCCAGCUUUGCCAUCGUGGAGUUCUUUGCCCACUGGUGUCCUGCUUGCAGAAAUUAUAAGCCUCAUUAUGAGAAGGUUGCAAGGCUUUUCAAUGGACCAAAUGCUGUUCAUCCUGGGAUUAUACUAAUGACGCGGGUAGACUGUGCAAUGAAGGUGAAUACAAACCUGUGUGAGAAGUUUUCCGUUGGUCGCUACCCUAUGCUUCUUUGUGGUCCACCUCAUAAAUUUACGUCUGCUGGAUGGGAUCCUAAGCAGGAAAAAAGUGAGAUUAUGUCAAUUGAUAAUGCAAGGACAGCGGAACAGUUGCUUAAUUGGAUAAAUAAAAUAACUGAAAGUUCAUUCAGUUUGGAUGAUGAAAAAUAUGAUAAUGGAAGUACUCUUCCAUGGAAUGCCACAGAUCCUGAACAGAUUGCUCGAGCAAUAUAUGAUGUUGAAGAAGCAACUUCACAGUUAUUUGAUAUAAUCACAGACAGCAAGAGGAUCACAAAAGAAACUCGUGCCCCACUUAUCAAGUUCUUCCAGCUUUUGAUAGCUCAUCAUCCUUCUAAAAGGUGCCGAAGAGGAACUGCUGAAAUACUUGUCAAUUUUGAUGAAAUGUGGCCUUUAGAUUAUUCAAUUAGCCCACAAAAUGCUUCCAGAUCUUAUCCACGAGAUGUGAAUAAAACUUUUCCAAUUUGUGGAAAAGAUGUUCCUCGUGGCUAUUGGAUAUUUUGUCGUGGAAGCAGCAAUGAAACUAGGGGUUAUAGUUGUGGCCUUUGGAUUCUGCUACACUCACUCUCUGUAAGAAUUGGAGAUGGGGAGGCCCAACUAACGUUUACGGUUAUCCACGAUUUUGUUUACAAUUUCUUCAUCUGCGAAGAAUGCCGGAGACAUUUUCAUGAGAUGUGUUCCAGUGCCCCGGUCCCUUUUAACACAACUCGGGCUCUAGUCCUCUGGUUGUGGCGCUCCCAUAAUAAUGUCAAUGAAAGGUUAAUGAGAGAAGAAAAAGAGUCGGGUACUGAAGACCACAGAUAUCCUAAGAUGAUAUGGCCACCAAAGGAUCUCUGUCCAUCAUGUUCGUUCUCUUCUAGCAGUAAAGCUGGUCACGCCAUUCUGGACUGGAACGAAGAUGAGGUUUUUAAGUUUAUAACGAAUUAUUAUGGAAGUUUGCUUGUUUCUGCUUACAAAGAUGACACAAUAAUAAACCGAAGAACGAACCAAUCAGUUGAUGAUGUGAUAACAACCGCACACGCCGUUGCCGUACCCGUUGGUGCCGCACUGGCCAUUGCAGUCGCUAGCUGCGCCUUUGGAGCUUUGGCGUACUUUUGGAGGACACAGCAGAAGAAUCGGAAGUACUUACACCACUCUUUAAAGAACGUUUGAUUUGUAGGAGGGCGGAAGAGCACAAAUUAGGAAAAAAGAGGUAUUCAUUCCACUAACCAGGGCACAAUCAUAGUUUGUAUCACGACCAUAGAGAAGGCUCAAACUCGUCGCGUCUUGACCGAUGUCUUCUUUGGGGACAAUGACUGGAAUUUUACUGUAUAUUUAUUGAUUAUCCUGAAUUUCAGACAAUAUCAGCAUACGAUGAAAAGGUCUUCUGACGUUUACACGAAAGGAGUUUGGUAUGAUUCUACAAAUGAGCAGGAUAUUGAAAUCAAAUUCAGAGUAUGUAAAAGAAAACAUGAUUUGUUAUGAGUGCCCAAUGUUUGCAAUAAUAGUUUUAGAUGCCAAUUAUUUAAUGUCUUGGACAGUCUUUAAAAGUUAUCUAUUAUAGUUAACACAUGUUAUCUGGACGUUAAACAUGUUUUCCACA